AAAAAAAGGCCUGGCCCAAUAAAACCCUAACAUGUUGUACACAUAUAUAUGUUUAACCAAAAUUAAGUGCCGGCGGAGAGAGUCAGAGACAGUGGGAGCGAGCGAGGAUGUCGAAGAGAGGUCGCGGUGGAUCCGCGGGUAACAAGUUCCGUAUGUCACUGGGUCUUCCAGUGGCUGCGACGGUGAAUUGUGCUGACAAUACUGGUGCCAAGAAUCUUUACAUCAUCUCCGUGAAAGGAAUCAAAGGUAGAUUGAACCGUCUUCCUUCAGCAUGUGUUGGUGACAUGGUCAUGGCUACUGUCAAGAAGGGUAAGCCUGAUCUCAGGAAGAAGGUUUUGCCUGCUGUUAUCGUUCGUCAGCGUAAGCCUUGGCGCCGAAAGGAUGGCGUCUUCAUGUACUUUGAAGAUAAUGCUGGUGUUAUUGUCAAUCCAAAGGGUGAAAUGAAAGGUUCUGCUAUUACUGGUCCUAUUGGUAAGGAAUGUGCUGAUCUAUGGCCAAGGAUUGCAAGUGCAGCCAAUGCAAUUGUAUGAGUGGCGCGUUUCUUGUUCCAUGAGCUUAUGUUUCUGCAUGUAGGAUUUAUGUUUAUCUUAGAUUUUGUUUAUGCUUAACUUUGUUACCAAUUAUCUUUUUGAAGAGAUGUUAUUGUUUUCUUAACAAUAGAGAUGACAAGUUGUUUGGUGAUUUUUUCCGGUUUCUGAAACCAUUUUAGCUAUUAUGAUAUAAUUUUUACAUUAGUUAAUGCGAAUUACUGGUUUUGCAC